CAUAGCUUAUACACUCGCUCGCAUACACACACUCAGGCUGGGACAACACGGAACGCCAAAGAUAGUCCUAAAGGCAAAGCCAGUGAAAAACCAAAAGUGAAAAAUUGUCCAGCACCAAGUUGUAUUAUUGUUGUAGAGUUAAAUUUUUUGCAACGAAAUCGAUCGCCCAGUGUGUGAAAAAGAAAAAAAUUGCCAACGAUUCGAAUUGUCGCGAAUACAAACGUCUCGAGAACAGUUCAACAGCAGAAAUGUUAAAUUUCUAAAAAAGGAAACCCUUCCGCUAUAGAGAUAAUGAUUUUCAUACGCAUUCUAUUAGCAAUACUAUUCUAUAGAGGAAUUGAGUGUCAAUACAAAAGCAUGGAAAGCGAUUUCAACAUUCACCACGACGAUGGAGGCAUGGUGGUGCCACCCAAUACAGGCAAUGCUGGUGGGACCAUGAUGGGAGGCCAGAAUGCCAAUGGCAAUGGGGAUGCUAUGUACAAAGCCAACAAGCCCCUGGACCGGGGACCAUAUUUCGAUACGUCGGCCACCAAGAAUGUAACCUCGCUGGUGGGCCGGACGGCUCAUCUGAAUUGUCGCAUUAAAAAUCUGGGCAACAAGACGGUCUCCUGGAUCAGACACCGAGACCUGCAUUUGCUGACGGUGGCGGAGACCACGUACACUUCGGACCAACGUUUUACAUCGAUUUUCAACAAGGCCACCGAUGACUGGUCCUUGCAAAUCAAAUACCCACAGCUAAAGGAUACGGGGACAUAUGAGUGCCAAGUUUCGACGACGCCGCCAGUCGGUUACACAAUGCUGUUUUCCGUGGUGGAGCCCAUAACGAACAUACCCGGCGGACCCGACAUGUACAUUGAUGUGGGGUCCACGGUGAAUCUGACGUGUGUGGUGCGGCAUCUGCCCGAUCCGCCGCACUCGGUGCAUUGGACCCACAACAACGAAGAGAUCAACUAUGACUCGGCGCGUGGCGGCGUCUCCGUGAUAACGGAGAAGGGCGACAUCACCACCUCCCAUCUGCUGAUACAGCGAGCCACCUCCGCCGACUCUGGAAUGUACACCUGCCUGCCGUCGAAUGCCAAUCCCAAAUCGGUCACAGUGCACAUACUGCAAGGUGAACAUCCUGCCGCUGUCCAAGGCACCAUGAAGAUAACCGCAUACGUUAUAAACAUUCCCAUUCUCUUAGUGUUCAAUUUGUAUCUGUUAUGACCAAUGAUAGAGUGGAUUUUUAAAAAAUCUUUCAAAUAAUAAUACAACAACUACAACUACAACUAAUAAUAAUUUAAACCAAAAAAGAAAAAACACAUAACAAAAACAAAUAACGAUAUAAAUUAAUAUUAAUGUAAACUAUUAAAACAAUAAUCCUAGAGUCCGCACAAGCCCCGUGUGUGGUGGUGUUUUCUUAUUAGGAAAAAUUGUCUUUUCUUUCGUUUUGAGAUAAUAAAAAUAAAAACAAAACCAAACCAACCAAAUAUUGUAAGGAUAAACAAAUAUUUAACAAAAACUACAACAAUUGUUUUCUAUAUGAAAUUAGAAGAAGAAGAACGAAAUCUUAUCAACCAAAGGUAAUGCUGUAUGGCUUGACCCCUUGGGGCAGAGAGAGAAGUGUGAAAGGAAAAAAACGAAAAUUGUGACCACCCAAAAUGUCUGUCUGCGUUACCAAAAAGCAAGAAAGUUGAAAUAAAUUGAGUUGUGGUGCAAUUUAA